ACGUUGUCAGGGAGUGUGAGAUGUUGUUUUGUUAUUCCUUUGCAGAGAUUAUAAACUCAUGAAUAUGAACUCAAGUGGUGAUGAGGAGAAGCUUGGGAAUGGAGUUGUGGGGAUUAUAGCUGAAUCAGUGAACAAAUGGGAAAGAAGAACACCGUUGACACCGUCUCACUGCGCUCGUCUUUUACACGGUGGCAAAGACCGAACAGGCGUUUCCCGAAUUUUGGUUCAGCCAUCUGGAAAGCGUAUCCAUCAUGAUGCCUUGUACGAAGAUGUCGGAUGUGAAAUCUCUGAUGACUUGUCUGAUUGUGGUCUUAUACUCGGUAUCAAACAACCCAAGCUUGAAAUGAUUCUUCCGGAGAGAGCAUAUGCUUUCUUUUCUCACACUCACAAGGUACAGGAAGAAAACAUGCCUUUGUUAGAUAAAAUAUUGUCUGAGAGAGUGACGUUGUAUGAUUAUGAGCUCAUUGUUGGGGAUCAUGGGAGAAGAUUACUGGCAUUUGGUAAAUAUGCAGGCAGAGCUGGUCUGGUUGACUUCUUACAUGGACUGGGACAGAGAUAUCUAAGUCUAGGAUACUCAACGCCUUUCCUCUCGCUAGGUUCAUCCUAUAUGUAUUCCUCAUUGGCUGCAGCAAAAGCUGCUGUGAUAUCUGUUGGUGAAGAGAUCGCAAGUCAGGGACUGCCAUCAGGAAUCUGCCCUCUUGUAUUUGUCUUCACCGGCACAGGAAAUGUCUCUCUUGGGGCGCAAGAAAUCUUCAAGCUUCUUCCUCACACUUUUGUUGAACCGAGCCAGCUUCCUGAACUAUUUCUAAAAGACAAAUGGAUUAGCCAAAAUGGAAAAUCUACAAAACGUGUACAUCAAGUAUAUGGCUGUAUCAUUACCAGCCAAGACAUGGUUGAACAUCAAGAUCCAUCAAAGUCCUUUGACAAAGCUGACUAUUAUGCACACCCGGAACACUACAAUCCAGUUUUCCACGAAAACAUCGCUCCCUAUACAUCAGUUCUUUUAAACUGUAUGUACUGGGAGAAGAAAUUUCCCCGUCUUCUGAGCACCAAACAGAUUCAAGAUUUAGCAGCAAAAGGAUGUCCACUAGUGGGAAUAUGUGAUAUAACUUGUGACAUCGGCGGCUCUAUUGAGUUUGUUAACCGAGCUACUUCAAUUGACUCCCCUUUCUUUAGGUUUAAUCCUGCAAACAAUUCAUACUGUCAUGACAUGGAUGGUGAUGGUGUAAUAUGCAUGGCCGUUGACAUUCUACCCACAGAAUUUGCAAAAGAGGCCUCCCAGCAUUUUGGAGACAUUCUUUCCGAGUUUGUUGGUAGUUUGGCUUCAGUGACUGAAGCUGCGGAUCUACCUGGACAUCUGAAGAGGGCAUGCAUAGGCUACAAAGGAGAGUUGACACCUUUGUAUGAGUAUAUUCCACGUAUGAGGAAGUCUGAUCCAGAGUAUGCCCUGCUUCCAUAAAGUGGCAAAUGAGGUCAUAGAGUGCAAUUUUUGAGAUAAACUAUUUGUCUUCAAAUUAAUAUUUUUGAGGUCAUAGAGUGCUAUCUUUUUAGAUAAAUUAAUAUUUUUGAUUGCUCAACAAAAAAAAAAAGUGUGCAAUUUAUAGAGUGCAAAAAAAUGUGCAAAAAGAAGUGUGCGAAAAAAAAAAGUGUGCAAAAAAGUGUGCAAUUUAUCAAAAAUAUUAAUUUGGAGAUAAAUUAAUAUUUUUGAUAAACUAACUUUUUGUGUUUCAAAAAAAAGUGUUUCAAAAAAAAUAAGAUUGCUCAACAAAAUGGCAAAUGAGGUGGUGAUAAGUGUGACUCGGGAUCAUAGACUACAAUCUUAUGUAGCACAAGGUGGUCCUGCUUGGCUUAGUACUCUAAUUAUGCCAGAAGCUUUUGUCAAUGUGAGUGCUUGAAACCUAGCCGUGGAGCUUUGGAACAUAACAGCAUCUGCGUGUGUUUCUUAAGACCAGCUCCAAACCUAUUUUUUAUUUUAUAAUUUUCAUUAAUAGUUUACUCUAUUGUAGGAUUUGACUUUUUCACUCUAUAUUUGGAGCAAAAAAUAAUUUUUUUUUAUUUUUCUUAUAUAAUAGAGUAAUUCUAUUAUAUAGUAAACCAUUGGAGCAAAUUUAUUUUAUAAUAGGAAAUUAUAGAGAAAAAAAUAGGUUUGAGUUGGAGAUGCUCUAAGUUUAAUUUCUCCUUUGUUUUUUUCAUUUUUUUUUAAUACCAACUUGUGGGUUCUUUUCCACACAUAGGUUUAUGUUGCUUUAAGCUUUGGCUCGUCUGCACUCUGGUUUUUCCAGUUACUUUUGAAUGAAACAUAUUGACAAAAAAACCUCGUAAUAGGUCGCCACACAGAUAUCGAUUAUACGAAAACAUUGUUUAAGUUUCACAUUCUGUCACAAGAGCAUAGCCAUCAUAAAAGAAAUUUAUUUGUUAAUUGUGAAUAUCAUAAAUCUUUGGACCUUAUCUCCUCUCCCUUAUGGCGGAAGCGCUGCCAUGAAGGAAGCUAUUCGGAAAGCAAAGCGCGCAACUGUUAACGACGUCUGGUUUUGUACCGACUCCCAGGAGUUCGCUAGAGCUAUAAACUCGAAGACAUAUCUGGUGGAGCUUUUUGAGAUUAUAACACGGGAAAGAGUAUUUCCAAACUCUAAAUAGAUUUCUAUAAACCACCUAGAAAUUGUUUUUCAAUCCUUUUGAUUAAACACUGUAAAGAGUAUUCACAAAACUUAGAAGCUUCCACUACAUCAUAUACUCUUAACUUAGUCAAGAUAGAGAUUCUUGCCCUAAGACAUAUACGAAUCUGUCUAAGAUAAUGUAUCGGAUAAACAUAACACAACGUUCCUCCCUUGAUUCUUGAACAAAGUUUGGCAUAUGUAACACCACAAACAUGAACACACGUGUUUUGAGGCAACAGCUUAAGCCCAUUCUAUGAAAACGUGAUAUUCUAUAAAUAAAUUAUCCAAAUCAAAAGCCCAAGUUUCCAAUACUUUUAUUUGUUACUAAAAACGAAAAUUCAACAAGGUUAUGCUCAACUGUAGUAUUAAUCAUGUCAGAUUUGUAUUUGACCUAAAAGAAUGAGUUCAUCAGCUUUUGUGCGAGUCUUUAAAAAAAAUUAGUGAUAGUUUUUUCUUCUAUUUUACAUACGUCCGGUUUAUGCCAUUCAUUAGCUUUAAUUUCAAAUGUGUUUGUUUGUUAAUUUUGAACUAUUUUAUGGUCAUUUGACCCAAAAAAAGUCAGACCUACCAACGAAACUAUCACUAAAUACAAAACUGAACUAAUAUGGGGUGUCAAUUGCACCACCUUAAUUUGUUGCUCCUCCGUUAACGUUUGGGAUACAUUUUUUAGCGUGCUAUAAUUUGUGUUUUGCCGUUUACAUUGGAAAUACGAAUACAGAAGCACAACAUAAUCUUUAACGAAUACAGAACAUAAUCUUUAACGAAUACAGAACAUAAUCUUUCUUUAUUCUUAAAAAGUUUAACAAUGGAUGAAGGACAACACAACAUAAUCUUUAACGAGGACUUUAUUAGUCUAUUUAACAAAGUUUAAAUUAGCUUUAAUUUUGAGAAUAUGUUCAAAAACGAAGUUUAGAUUAAUUUUGGAAUAUCAUUGAUUGGUUCACGCCAUCCUCUUGAAAUCUAUAAACAACUUUAUCAUUAUAUACCAAACACAUCUACUACCACUGAGAUGCAACACAAAUAAAUUAUCAAAAGAACACGUUUUCCUUUCGUUCUAAUAAUAUGAUCAUUAUAUACAACUUUAGACUAUUACUUUAAAUUAUACAUAUAAUAUUUUUCAAAAAGAAACCAACAGGCCUAUCAUCAAUCUCCAACUACUCAUUUUAAUGAUGUAUUUUUACCAAUUAUUUUUUGUUGAUAUACAUAAUCUACACCAUUAAAAUAAAAACCAUUACUUAUUUCAUGUAUGACAUUUCAUUUUGGACAUUUCCUCAGAAGUUUUACGAAGUUUUACAUAUUUUCUUCUAAUAUCUUUAUCUUUUUGUAUAAAAUACAAAUAUAUAUAUAUUUAAAAACAUUUAACAAAAUAUUUUUGGCAUCUUUUUAAAAAUUUAAUCCAAAAUUAUUUAAUUAAUAUUAUAAUUAGCAUAAAACAUCAUUAGAAAUUCUGGUUCAAACCCCGCUGGCCACACGGAUAUGGGUUAUUGCUUUCGGCUCAUUUGAAUGCCCAGGAGAGGGUCUAUCCGUGGGCUGUACCUUCACCCGGGGGUUAGGUCUGUGUAUUUAAUAGACCCGGGUUUAACCCUUUUCAAGUUCAAAAAAAAAAACAUCAUUAGAAAUUAAAAUUAAUUUAUUUUGAUUUAUAAACGAAAAUUAAAAAUUCUGUAAAAUAUUUCAAUUAUAUUUUAAUGAUAAUAAUAAAUUAAAUUGAUUAAGUUGUGAAAAUACAUUUUACAAUGAUUUUAAAUAGAUUUUGUUAAAAAAUAUCUUAUCAAUUUUUUUUUUCACAUUCACACCUCCCAAUACGUUUAUUCAACUAUUUAGAGUUUUAGAUUUUGUUUGUCAAAUGAUAUGGAUAACAUCUAUAAAGUUAUAGAAUAUUAUUAAAAUAUUCAAUCAUAAAUUUUUGGAAUAUAAACAUUAAUAUUUUGAUAUAUAUGAAAAUACGGAU